GUGAACAGCUGUUCUUGUCAGCACUGAAAUUUUUGCUGGGCGUUUCACCAAUUUUUGUUGAUAAUUAAAUCGUUUAAAGAUUCGGUCUAAGAAACGGGAAUUUAACGCAGGCAUAAAAUGCUCGUUCUAGUACUUGGAGACUUGCACAUACCACACCGCUGCAGCAGUCUGCCGGCAAAGUUCAAAAAGCUACUUGUGCCCGGUCGGAUUCAUCAUAUUUUGGCCACCGGAAAUAUCUGCACAAAGGAAUCGUAUGAUUAUCUUAAAUCGCUUGCCACCGAUGUGCACAUAGUGCGUGGCGAUUUCGAUGAGAAUCUCAGCUAUCCGGAGCAAAAGGUUGUGACGGUUGGACAAUUUCGCAUUGGUCUGUGCCACGGUCAUCAAGUGGUGCCCCGUGGUGACCCAGAGGCAUUGGCACUGAUCCAACGCCAGCUGGACGUGGACAUACUCAUAACGGGGCAUACGUACAAGUUUGAGGCGUACGAGCAUGGCAAUAAGUUCUACAUAAAUCCGGGCUCAGCAACGGGCGCCUUCAAUCCGCUGGACACGAAUGUGGUGCCUUCGUUUGUGCUGAUGGACAUCCAGAGUACGACGGUGGUGACCUACGUAUACCAAUUGAUUGGCGAUGAGGUCAAAGUGGAGCGCAUCGAGUACAAGAAGAUUUAACCGAGUAUUAGCAGAAAUUCAUUCCUCACUAAUCCGAUCUGUUUUGAUCUUGGGCUUAAAAACGACAUACAAAUGGCAUAAAUAAUGUAUAAAUUAAAAACACGUUUCCUUUUUUUAUUUAAUAAAAAAUGUUUAAAUUUUAUUUAAAUAGAAU